CCUACUGAAUAGCACAUUUUGUCCUGUUUUGAAUGCAUCUCUAUGGAGGAUUCGCCUGUCUGAGCCGCGGUGCGCCCUCUAGAGGCACUGAAGCUACUCACAGUUGCCGUAAAGUGUUGACAUCUGCCGUCCUGUGUAAAUGUGGAUAUAUUCAACGCUUUAUAAAGCGCAUAAUUUAAACAACCACACAGAUAGAGGGGUUUUUAGUAGACACACGGCUGCUCCCUCUCAGCCGUUGUAUCGCUUUAAAAGUCAAUAGCACUGCAUGUAUUUUUAGCGCACAGAUUUUAGCCAGUCAGUGACCGAAGACGCGUAAAUAUCAGCUCCAGUUAUAGUGCAAGUGCAUUUUGUGUGUGUUUACUGCACAGGACAUGAUGGUCGUGUUCAGGUUUGGUGUUAUUUUGACUCCAGAGUGUCCUGAUAUAGAGGUGUUUGUGCUGGGCUCUCGGCCGGAGAUGGGGCUCUGGGAUACUGAGCGGGCUGUGAAGAUGAACCCGAGCCAGGGUCGGUCCUGCCGGGAGCCGUGCCUGUGGACCGGGGAUGUGCUGCUGUCCGAGCCGCUCACGGAUCCGCUGUGGUUUAAGUUCAUAAAGCGGGUCGAUGGGGACUUCAUUUGGGAAGGCAGUGGGCCACAUCACAACCGGUGCUGUGUGUAUGAUGACAGAAACAUGGUGGAUGGGAUUCACUGUCAUCCGAUUGGUCACUGGAUCCAGGAGACGGGCCACACAGAUGAGAUGAAACACACCACCAACUUCUACUUCAGCAUAGCAGGACAGCAGGCCAUGCACUUCUCUCAGGUGCUGCCGCGUGUCUGGUUAGGCAGCUGUCCUCGACGGGUUGAACAUGUAACCCUGAAGCUAAAACAAGAGCUGGGUGUCACGGCGGUGAUGAACUUUCAGACCGAGUGGGACGUGAUAAACAACUCGCACGGCUGCCGGCGAGACCUCAGUCAACCCAUGACCCCCGAGACCAUGAUGCAUCUGUACAGAGACUCUGGCCUUUCUUACAUCUGGAUGCCCACGCAGGACAUGAGCACAGAGGGGCGUAUACAGAUGCUGCCCCAGGCAGUGUUUCUGCUGUUUGGGCUGCUGGAAAACGGUCACAGCGUCUACGUCCACUGUAAUGCAGGAGUGGGUCGCUCCACUGCUGCCGUCUGUGGACUUCUCAUGUACGUGUUCGGGUGGAAACUCAGGAAAGUGCAGUACUUCCUCACCGCCAGAAGGGCGGCAGUCUAUAUCGAUGAGGAGGCCCUGCUGAGGGCCCGAGAUGACUUUCAUAUGAAGUUUGGACAGCUCUGUCCAUCUGUCCGCAACACAGAGACGCAAGACAGCACCCUCUAGUGCAAUGAACGACUGCAGUUCAGUCAUAUCAAGGUUUAAAGGAUUAUGCAAUAAUCACUAUUAUAAGGGGUUUACACACAGUUGUGUGUCAGCAGUGUGUGAAUAUAAGCAGCAUCUAAUGGUCAAAAUUAAUUGUUUUUACUAAUC